UGCGAUUUGUUUUUAAUCUGUUUUAAACUUCCCCUCAUACAGCCUGUUGAAAGUUGAAAGAUCUCGUGGUCGUGGUCAUCCUCUAACAAUGCGCGUUGUUUAGAAAAAGAUCUAUUAUGAAAGAAAUAGAUAAUUUAUUUACUAUUAUUUAUUAUUAUUAUUGUUUACUAUUUCUCAUGACUAUAUUUAUACAGAAAACAGAGAAAUUACGUCCACAUUCGUUGACAUUAAACGUCCCUUAAAAAGACAAUGUUUUGAUUGCAGCAAAAGAAAUUUUUUUUAGAAGUUUUACCGAAUUGUAACUAAUUGAGUAACUAACGGCAUUAGACAUUGACUGGAUUAAGUAUAAUUAAGAAGACGCCUAACUGUAUAAGACAAAAAAAGUUUAAUUUCCUUUAUUUUGCUGUUGUUUGUCUUGAAACAUUGUAUAUGGCUGAAUCAGGUUUAUUAUCUCGAUUUCCCCUUUCUGGUAUUCGAGUUCUGGAAUUAGCUGGUCUUGCACCAGCUCCAUUUUGUGGUAUGGUUCUUGCUGAUUUUGGUGCCCAAGUUACCAGAGUAAACAUGGUUGGGGAACAUGUUUCGCGUGAUGUGCUUUCUAGAGGAAAAAAGUCGGUUUCAAUAAAUUUGAAAACUGAAAAUGGAAAAUCCGUGUUUAAAAGGCUGAGUAAGUUAAGUGAUAUACUAAUUGAACCUUUUCGUCCUGGUGUUAUGGAGAGACUAGAAUUAUGUCCUAAAUCUCUUUGUGCAUUGAAUGAAAAAUUAAUAUAUGUUAGAUUAAAUGGUUAUGGAAUGAAUGGACAAUUAGCUUCAAAAGCUGGACAUGAUAUAAAUUUCCUUUCAGUUUCUGGAGUUUUAUCACGAUUAGGACGCAAAGAUGACAAACCUACUCCACCAAUAAAUCUUCUUGGAGACUUUGGAGGAGGUGGCAUGAUCGCUGUUACUGGAAUAUUACUUGCUCUGUUUGAAAGGUCAUUAUCUGGAAAAGGUCAAACAGUCAAUGCAUCAAUUACUGAAGGUACAUCAUAUAUUUCGUCAUUUCUUCAUCGAUCAAAUAAACUUGGAAUUUGGACUGGAAACAGGGGUGAAAAUCUUCUUGACUCUGGGGCUCCUUUUUACGAAACUUACGCUACCAAAGAUGGAAAGUAUAUAUCUGUUGGUGCUAUCGAACCACAGUUUUAUAGAAAUUUUGUUCUAGGUCUAGAAUUAGACGACCUUCUAAACAGUCAAUAUGAUUAUUUAAAUUGGCCUUCUAUGAAAAAACUUAUCGAAGACGUGGUUAAAACAAAAACCCAAAAACAAUGGCUAGAGAUUUUUACUGAAAAAGAUGCAUGUGUUACACCGGUUUUAGAAUUAAACGAGGCAGCUAUGUUUCAGCAUAAUAUUGAUAAUCACUCAUAUAUGAAAAAUGAAGAUGGGUUCGAACCAUGUCCUGCCCCUAAACUCAGUAGGACGCCUGGUAUUAACUUCUGCAGAGCAGAUCCAAAAGUAGGAGAGCAUACUGUAGAGUUUCUUAUGGAGUAUGGAUUUGACUUAUCUGAAGUAGACGAACUUUUAAAAAAUAAAGAUGUUGAACAGCUUUGAAUGAGUUAGUCGAUCACAUGAAUGACGAUGAAGAUUGCCCCACACGAUAUUUGCAUAGUUAAUUUAGCGGUGAGGUAUGGAAUAAUACAUUUGAGUUAAAGUAAGCAUGUUUAAGUAGCUUUUCAAUUUGUAUGAUAUUACAAUAGUUGUCUCCAUGUAUGAUUUUCAUCAAUAUAAAUUCCUAUAAACUGUAUAGAUCUUACUCUUUUUAUUUGAACAUUAUCAAUGAAUAUAAUGAAUAUAGAAUGAAUGAAUGAAUAUAGAAGUAUGGCUUAUAUGAUAUUACUUUUAUUUUUUGGAAAGUUGGUAAAAUUUAGUCCAGUUAUCACUUUUAUUUCAAAGAUCCGUCAUCUACUUCAUCAAGUUCACAACUUUUUUCUAUUUUUUCGUACAAAUUUUUAAAUAUCUCUAUUAUAUAAAGAGAAAACAUAAAUUAACCUUUUUGUGCAAAACUAUAUUUAAUUAUUUCAUGAAUGUUUUGUAUAUAAUUUUAUUAAGUUAGAUCAACCGUAGCAUCAA